AUGCCCCGGACCGACACCCAACGACCGCCUUCACCCACCGCCCGGCAUUCCACCCGACCUUCACCCGACACCCCUCAUCCACCGCCACGAGCACCCCCGGACCCCCACUUCAUCUUUCCCGCACCGAGACCCCCUCCACGAUCACUCAGCACCCGAUCGCAUCCCACCGCGACACCCCCGGAUCACGACGGCACGCCAUCACUCCCCCGAGAACCCCGACCGCCCCCGGAGCCUCAUCUUACCCCGCACGGAGCACCCCCGGACCGCUCCACCCUGCACCGACACCCCCGGGACCCGCAUCCACCGCACGCCGAGCACACCCCGGACCACCAUUUCACCCGCAUGCCGACGCCCUCAUCCACCCGCACCGAGCACCCCCGGAGCCGUCAUCCACCCCGCACGAAGCCCCGGGACCGCCACCCGACGACCCCGUCAUCACAGCCCGCCCGAGCACCCGGAACCCCGCCCUCAUACCCCGCACCGACCCCCAGGCACCGCACCACCCGCCCGAGCCAGAACCGCCCCCGGAGCCUCAAUCUACCCCGCACCAGCCGCGACCCCAUCACCGCCCGACCCCGGGACCCGCAUCCACCGCACCGAGCACCCCCGGAACGCCCGGAGCCUCAUCACCCGACCGAGCACCCCAGGGCACCCGCAUUCCCGCCCACACCCCGCCCGGCUAGCCCCGCACCCGAGCCUGACCAUCAGCCCACCCCGCUCGAGCACCGGGACCGAUCCCACCCCCCCGGCAAAACCGACAACGCCCCGGAAGCCUCAUCUACCCCGCACCGACACCCCAGGACCGCAACACCCGCACCGAGCCCCGGCGCUCCCACCGUAGCACCCCCAGGAACCGCCCGGAGCCUAUCUACCCAACGGCACGACCUACCGCACCCAGGAGCCCACCCCCAGCCGGACACCGCCGCAUCCACCCCCGGCACCACGCCGGAGGCUCAACCCAGCACCCCCGUCAACCGCGACACCCCGGACCCGGCCUCAUCUACCGCACGAGCACCCCCAGGGCACCCCGCACCUACACCCCCCACCGACCAUACGCACCAGCCCCGGGACCCGCAUUUCACCCGCACCGAGCACCCCCGGAACCACCCCCAGAGCCAUCAACCCCGCACCGAGCACCCAGGGACAUCCCCGCCAUCCCCCAUCACCCGCACACGAGCACCCCCCGGAACCGCCCCCGGAGCGCUAUCUACCCUGGCACCGAGCACCCAGGACCCCAUCCCCCUGCACCGAGCACACCCGGACCCGCAUUCACCCCGCCACAGACACCCCCGAACGCCCCUCCGGAGCCUCAUCUUCCCCGCACCGAGCACCCCAGGGACCCCACCUUACCCUGGCAUCGAGCAGCCCCACCACUGCGACCCGGCACCCGAUACCAUUCCCCUGCACGAGCACCCGGAACCGCCCCCCGGAGCCUCAAUCUACCCCUCACCGAGCACUCCCAGCGACCCCCAUUCACCCUUGAACACCGAGCACUCCAGACCCCGUGACACCCCCACCGACCCAUCACCCCGCACGAGCACCCGCGCCCCGGGACUCACUCAUCCCUCCCGAGCAUCCCCCGGGACCCCCAUCGAACGGGAGCCCAUCACCCGCUCGCUCAUCCACGGCCGAGCACCCCCGGAACCGCCCCCCGUGGCCUCAUCUACCCUCACGAUACCCACCAGGGACCCCCCAUCCACCUGCCGGCCACCCCGGCACCGCCACACCCUGCUGACCGAGACCGCGCCGGACGUCAUUCACCCCCACCGAGCACCCCCCGAAGCCGCCACCUUCCAGAGCCUCUACGACCCCACCGAGACAGCCGCCCGGAGCUUAUCUCCCUCACUCGACGCCCGUCCGCCGACCCCCAUCCACCCGCACGAGGCACCCCCCGGAACUUGCCCCCCGUGA